CGUGGAUGUGUCUGUCUUUCCUAGGUGAAGGAGCUGGUGCUGGACAGCUGCUCCUCGGACGAUGGCAAGAUCAGCGGGCUCUCCUCAGACUUUGAAAACCUCGAAUUCCUGAGCAUGAUCAAUGUCCACCUUCACUCCAUCUCGAACCUCCCCAAGCUUAACAAACUCCGGAAGCUGGAGUUGAGCGACAAUCGUAUUUCGGGUGGGCUGGAAGUCCUCGCAGAAAAAACACCAAAUUUGACGCAGUUGAACCUCAGUGGGAAUAAAAUCAAAGAGAUUAGCACGUUGGAACCUUUGAAAAAGCUGCCCAACCUGCGGAAUCUCGACCUCUCCAACUGCGAGGUGACAAAGCUGAUCAACUACCGUGAGAGCAUCUUCACGCUCUUGCCUCAGCUGAUCUAUCUCGAUGGGUUCUGCUACAAAGAAGCCCCCGACUCGGACCCGGAAGCCGAUGGGCUGGACGAUGAGUACGACGAGAAUGGAGAUGAAGAUGAGGAGGAGGAAGAAGAGGAGGAAGAAGAUGAAGAAUUAGAUGACGAAGAUGACCUGGACGGCGAGGAUGAUGAGAACGGGGGUGAUGAUGAGGACGAAGAUGAUGAGGAUGACGGAGACGAGGACGAGGAUGAGGAUGAAGAAGCUGAGGUCAAGCAGGGCGAGAAGCGGAAACGAGACCCCGAGGAAGAACCGGACGAAGACGAGGAUGAAGACAACGAGGACUGAGGCCUCUCUCGCCCCCUCCUUCCUCCUCCUCGGCUCCUUUGCAGGCCGAUCCGUGUUUUUGGCGGACUCUUGACACUUUCCCCAGCCUUCAAAACCGUUGCCCCUCCCCCCUUUGUGAGGACUGUGACAAAUCCCCUUCUCGCCCCCCCUUCUGCUGAUACACAGCCCCCCCCCCCCGGCUUUUUUGUAUGGCUGCGAACACCCACAGUAUAUAUUUUUUUAACAGAUGUA